AUGAAUAAAGACUUAAGCGUGGUUCACAUGUAAAAUUCAAACAGUAAUGCAAACAAUAAUUACUCCCAUGAGCAAGAUAUGUAUAUGUACGACUUGAAGUAAAUCUUGUUUGAAAUCCGCAAAAGUGUUAAUCCAUAGGUGUUUAUCUUCUAUAAAAAGCUACUCUCAAAAUGGUUCAGAGUUCAUUUACAUAACUUCUUUGUUGACGCAUUUAUUCACAAUGUGAGCAUAUAGAAGUAUGAAUCAGCAAUAGAAAUCGAAUAGGAUAGCACUUAGAAAGAUUCUGAAGAAGAGGUAAAAGAAGCAAGGUUGGAAGAUGAGAUCAUGAUUGAUUCAGGAGAUGAAACAAGAGUGAUCAUUCCGUCCUCUUUUGCACAUUAAAAUAUUUAAGGAAAUCAAAGCAUAAAAGGAACAAAAACUCCACCAAGGCUACCUCCACCAACUUAAAGACUUAUUAUUCACCCUAGCAUAACUACUCAGUAGAUAGAGAAUGCUAUUCCCAACUAAAACAAUCCUACUGUAAUAAGAUUAACACCCUCACCUAAUCCAAGUAAUACUCAGAGAAAGUUAGAAGAGGCGAUACCAAAUACAUAGCUAGUUCAUGAUCAAGCAAGUAUCAUCCAAGACAAUUCGAAAAAUACUCAAAAUAUAUCAUCUCUAGGGCCAACUUCAUGGAACGAACCAAAUAAUCUUUCAUAAAAUUAGCAAUUACCUCUACUCAGAGGUAUUAAUCAAGGCAUAGAAGGCUAAGUGGGAUAUAAAAUCUUAAAGCCUUUAAAUAGUGGAGAUAAUGAUGUCAACUAAAACAACAAAAAAGAUAUUCCUGAUGAAAAUUCAUUGGAAAAUGACUCUAAGAGUAGCAAAGUUUAAAUCAGUGAAGGAGGUUCAAUUAUUAAUUCGAAAAAGCAGAAGAAUAUUAAUGAUAAUAAAUGCAAGCUUAUUUUCGAAGUUCAAGUUGAUAGGCAGUAAAAGUCCAAGGCUCCAGCAACAUUAAGUUAUUAAGAAUCUCCUUAACAAUAAAUUGAAGUUUAAAAUUAUAGCUAGCCUCAAUCUUUACUAAUGGAGUAAUAAAGUGAAUCUCAAAAAAUCUGCAUAAACUCUACAUCAUUUUCAAUCUCAUAGUCUGCUCUGAAAUAAGACUAAGAAUAAUCUCUUUCGUAGCCUAUCACUAUUAAGUAAAACUAACCUAUCUAAAUACUUCUGGAUCCAAAUUAACUUUCACAAUCAAAUUAAAAGGGAUUAAAAGGAGAAAAAUCAAAUCCUACAUCAAAGAGAAAGAGAAACAAUACUGAUAAAGCAUAACCAAAUGGCUAAAUUAAAUAAAAUAAUGAAAUUUAAUAGUAGUUGGAGCUAUAAUAAGUGUAAUCGUAACAAUAUCCGCCUUAACCUCAAGAAAUUUAACAACAAUCUUCAUCAAAAUCAAAUAAUAGUAUAUAGAUUUAAAACACUCAAAUUAAUAACUAAUUUCAACAACAACCUCAGGCUUAUUAUCAAAUACCAUAGAAUGAAAAUCAUCCUUUAGAAAACUAAUUAGAUGAGGAUUAUAAUAGAUCUUUAAAUCAAUCAUAAACUUUUGAAGCUUUAGGAGAGGCCAAAAAGUAUGAGUUAAAAUUCAAGGAAAUUUUGAAGCAAUACUUAAAAAUGAAGUUCAGCUUGAGGAAGGCUUAAUAGUUGCAACAAAGCUAGCAACCUUAAUUUGAAAUAUAGUAACAAUAACAGAGAGAAGCAACUCAUAAAGCAGCGUAUCAAAACAAUAUGGUGUCCAUCUAGCAUAUAUUUACUGAAACAGCAGCUUAAAAUGGCCUUACUAUUAAAGAUCAAGAUGCAGUUAGCAAAUUUAUGAAUGAUGAACUUUCAGAGUUUAUUCAUAAGAUAUUACUCUCACUUAAAAGUUAUUUUGAAAAUGAAAUCAAGAUAUAGUGGGAAUAGUUCCAAACUCAUCCCUUAGAAUUCACUGAGGAAUAAAAUGAGCAGCUGGAUUGGGAAACUUUUGUAAUGACGAUAAAAGAACAAUCAAUCAGAUUUUUCUUUAUUGACAACUAGGACUUCUUGGGAUCAAAGAAGAUUACAUAGUAUUACAAAGAGAAAUUAUUCUGA